AUGGAGAUGAGGAGUCCCAUCAGUGCGAAGGAGGUACAACGGUUAACAGGAAGAAUCGCUUCACUCACAAGGUUCUUGCCAUGCUCAGCAGACAAAAAUCUUCCAUUUUUUCAAUUACUUAGAAAAAAUGAAAAGUUUUGUUGGACUGAGGAAUGUGAAGGAGCUUUUCAGAAGUUGAAGGAAUUUUUGACAACACCACCCAUUCUUGUAAAGCCAAAGUUGGGCACUCCACUAAUACUAUAUUUGGCUGUAUCUGAGAAGGCUUGUAGCUCGGUGCUUGUUCAAGAGGAGGGUAAGGAGCAGAAACCUGUGUACUUCACAAGUAAAGUAUUACAUGGAGCCGAGCUACGAUACCAAAAAAUUGAGAAAGUUGCGCUAGCCUUGCUUUCCUCCGCUAGAAGGCUCAGACCUUAUUUUCAGAGUCACACUAUAAUAGUUCGAUCAGACCAACCAAUCAGACAAGUACUGCAAAAACCAGAUUUAGCGGGGAGAAUGGUUACCUGGUCAGUGGAAUUGUCUGAGUUUGACAUCAUUUUUGAGCCAAGGGGAGCCAUAAAGGCGCAGGCUUUGGCAGAUUUCAUAGUGGAGAUGACAACAGAAAAAGGAAGUCUUGCACCUGUUAGUUGGAUUCUAUCAGUGGAUGGCUCAUCCAACCUAAAGGGAAGUGGGGCAGGAGUGACGUUGGAAGGACCAGAUGGUGUUUUGAUCGAACAAUCUUUAAGGUUCGAAUUUAAAGCAAGUAAUAAUCAGGCGGAGUACGAGGCUUUGGUAGCGGGAAUGCGUUUGGCAUUGGAAGUGGGAGUUAAAGAGCUCGAAGCAAGAAGUGAUUCACAGCUGGUUACUGGACAGGUGACCGGAAGUUUUCAAACAAAGGACCCUCAACUUUCGAAGUACCUUGAAGAAGUGGCUAAGUUAAUUCAGAAAUUCAAAAGCUUCAAAUUGUCGCAUGUUCCAAGAGAUCAAAACAGCAGAGCAGAUUUGUUGGCUAGGUUGGCCAGUACCAAACGACCAGGGAGUAACAGAUCAGUGAUCCAAGAGACUUUGGCACGUCCAAGUAUAGAUCAAGAAGAGCUCUUGUUCGUAACAGAAGAGUUGGAGUCAUGGAUGGGAGAUAUUAUUCGAUACCUAAAGGAAGACCAACUUCCGGGGCAGGAAAAUGAGGCUCUAAGAGUCAAGAAGAAAGCAACCAAGUUUGUUAUCAUUUCAGACCAACUUUUUAAGAGGGGUUUUUCUAGCCCACUUCUAAAAUGUUUGGCUCCUAAGCAAGCUGAGUAUGUGAUAGCUGAGGUGCAUGAAGGGGUCUGUGGAAGUCAUAUUGGAGGACGAGCUCUUGCGGCGAAGGUUCUUCGAGCAGGUUACUAUUGGCCGACGAUGAAAGAGGAUUGUGCUGAUUAUGUAAAGAAGUGCGAUAAGUGUCAAAGGUUCUCAAAUCUCCACCAUGCACCUCCGGAACAUCUAAGCUCGGUGGUUUCCCCAUGGCCCUUUUUUAAAUGGGGAGUUGAUAUUUUAGGUCCAUUUCCGGAGGCAGCGGGUCAGGUGAAAUUUUUAGUAGUUGCUGUGGACUACUUUACUAAGUGGAUAGAAGCAGAACCAGUGGCCACCAUCACAGCUGAAAGGAUCAGAAAGUUCUAUUGGAAGAAGAUUAUAUGUAGGUUUGGUCUCCCGGCAGUGCUAGUAACCGACAAUGGAACACAAUUUGCCAGCUCACGUGUCGCUGACUUCUGCAAGGAAUGGGGAAUAAAACUUAGCUUCACAUCGGUGGAACACCCACAAACAAAUGGUCAAGCUGAGUCGGCUAACAAGGUAAUCUUGCAAGGUUUGAAGAAAAGGUUGGAGGCAGCUAAAGGGUUAUGGGUAGAAGAAUUACCAAUGGUCUUGUGGUCUUACCAUACUACCCCUCACUCUUCCACUCAAGAAACUCCAUUCAAAAUGGUGUAUGGAUCAGAUGCUAUGAUUCCAAUCGAGAUCAAUGAACCUAGUGCGAGAGUCCUUUUUGCUCGUUUGGAAGAGAAUUCUAUUAACCUGCAGGCCAAUUUAGACCUCCAGGAUGAAGUUCGAAAUCGAGCACAUGUGAAAGAGGAGGCUUGUAAAAGAAGAGCAGCUAGAAGAUAUGAUUCAAAAGUCAAGAAAAGGAUAAUUAAGGAAGGGGAUUUAGUGCUGAGAAGGAAACCAGGAGUAAAGACACCUGGAAAGCUCUUCCCACACUAG